AUGACUGAAAAUAAACAUCCUCAAAUUGUGGAAGGAGAAGACUCUGAGCAAGAAGAAUUUAGCAAUCUAGAUGAUCUUCGGAAUCAUGAUGAUGAAGAGGAAGCUCCACAAGAAAUUGAAGGAGAAGAUGAUGAAGAGGAUGAUGAUGAAGAGGAAGCGGAAACAAGUGUUGCUGCUGUCGUUCCGAAUCAACAACCAUCAAAUAAUCAUCAACCACUGACAUCUUCCUCAUCAGCUGCAGCAGCAGCAACUACUGUUCCAAGCCAUGAUGAUGAACAACCGGGAGCAGCAGCACAAACCAUUUCAAACCAACAAACUCUUCAAGAAACAGAGAGUGGAAACAAUAUUCAACAACAGGAGGCGGAUGAUGAAACGAACAACACAUCAUCAAGCCAUACCACUACUUCCUCUGCCAUCACCACUCCGGUCUCUUCACCUUCGUUUUCUUCUUUAUGGAAAUCAUUCAAAAGUAAUGUAAUCGCUGCAACCACAACGUUUACUGGAUCAGCAUCAUCAUCGGCAGUAACUCAACCACAGGCCACUCCGAUGACACCUUUUGUUGAUCAACAACAACAACAACAACCACAAUUGGAAUCAAAUGUCGCUUCAUCUCUUCCUUCUCAAACACAAUUACACUCACCCGUUGUACAGCAAGAUCCAUUGGCUACUCCAAACACAACCACUCCAUCAACUCCAUCCUCGGAAAAGGCAUCAGGUGGUUCACCAAGUUAUUCAACAUACUUUUCUGGAGUGUUGAACAAGCUUAAAUCUGAAUUACAAGUGGCAACUCUGGCAGAACCUGUGGAGAAGUUAAAGAAAGCCUUCACAGGAGAAAUUACACAUCCUGAAUCAAAAAAUCCAAAUGCAAUUCCUAUCCGCGUGACGACUCGAAUUAAGGAAUUAAAACAAUAUAAUGAACAAUUAGAGAGUUUACUGCACAACAAGUAUCACAGUGCAUUGGAGCAUGUGAAUGUUGAAUUGACAAGAUUGGGCAAUGGAAUGGGAAGAACAUAUCAAACAGUUCAAAAUGUUCAAACUCACUUGAAAAGAAGUGUUGAUAAUUUGGCUACAUUGUCUUCCUUAAUUUAUGAAAGCAAACAACACUUGCCUCCCCUCAUGACUUUCUCUGCCACGAGUGGUGGUACUGCUACGCAGAAAGAAGUCACGCAAGAGACAUCAUCUUCCGCCCAACCGUCUUCCUCCACGAAUUCACCAAACAAUCCCACAAGCGACACUAGCAACACACCGCAAGAUGAUUCCAACAGCCAGUCAUCCACUUCGAAGACUGUGGAGGUUUAUUUGUAA